AUGGCUUGGCUCACUGUAUUGAUUGGAAUUUUAAUUUGCAUAAGAUCGCCUCAUCCACAAAACACUGGUAAGGAGGAUGAUUUAACUACCCAACGUGGUCGUAUUCGUCCACAUUAUGACAUACCCUAUGUGUUUGAAGAUAGGGAUGUACUACAUCAGUCUGUUGGUAAACGGGUAACUGUUCAAGUCGACUACAUUCAACCGAAGACAUCUAAUACUGUUGAUGAGCACGUGGGUGCCACUGUGCGAGCUGAUGAUGUCAACCAUGCAUUUGCCUUAGUUUCAAGGGGUCUGGCCUCCGUAAUUCGUUAUCGAAACACCAAUGAUUCUCGUCCUGUAUUUUAUAGUUAA